AUGAGUGAGAAGUUUGGUCCUGAACCAGUUGUGUCUGAUGAAUCGGACAGUGAUGAUGAUGGUGAUGAAGGUGGUGAUGCUGGUGCCAUUGGUGCAUCAAGUGUAGGAACCACUGGUGGCACAUCAGCUGGUGGUACCUCAGCAGGGGGAGUGUCAGCUGGUGACACAUCAGCCGGUGGUGAUGAUGAGGCUGAUUCUGACUCUGAUGAUGAUCUUUUGCUUGAACCUGGAUACGAGAUGUAUCUGGAUGAACGCGGGGUAAGAAGAUACAGAAAGAUCAGGCAGGAAGAUGAUCCGGAAUAUGUUCCUUCUGAUCCUGAAACAGAACGUGCAAGGAAAGGAAAAGCCGAAAAAUCAGCAGAGCGUCAGAAGAAAAAGAAAGCUCGGAGAUACUUGAGUACCUCCUCCCGAGGUUCUGAGCCACAAGCUCCUAUUCCAGAACCACCUGUAGUCUCUUCUCCUCCUGCAGCUCAAACCGUAUCUCCGCAGCCUAUUCCACAACGAUCCAUGGCUGCUGCAAUCAGAGCAACCACUUCUCAACAACCUAGUAGUGAACGUUAA